UGGAUUGAAAAGAAGUCGUAAGGAUUUUUGAUGCCUAAAAUCUAAAGUAAAUAUCUAAUCGCACCUCAACAGCAUAUCUUAUUAAUCCGAUAUUUUGGCUUCGCUCCAUCCCUCUUUAUUAGGGUUUCUAAUUCUCCUAAAUUCCUGCAAUUUCUCCAGACGCCCAUUGUUGCCUGCUCCCUAAUCAUCAUCUCAGGUUCGCUGUCUGUUCCUUUUUGGUUUUCUUUAUAUGAACUAGAUUCGCUCUGCAGCAGCAGCUUUGUCUUUGGAGCUAAUUUUUCUGCAUUUGAACUGCUCGAUCUCAUUCUUUCUGACAAGUUUGUAUCUGUCUUCGUUUAGAUGAAAUCGAGGUAUACUGUUUUAUGUAUGAUCGACGAUACUGUCGUAGUUACGCAUCUUAUGAGACUUGAAAUCCACGAGCGCUUUAUUAGCGUGUACCAGUAACCGAUUUAUGUGUGUGUGGAUAUACACGCUUUACGUAAUUGAGAUCCUGUUGCUCAUCCAAGCUGAUUGCAUUUAUUGUUUUAGCAACUUGUUUCUAUCGUGAUAUAUGACAAUUGUUUAGAUUUAUUGGAUGCGUAUGUGAUUUUACACGAGAUGUUGGAUUUUUGGGUAAUGUAUGCUUAAUGUAUUAUUACACUGUUGAUUUUGGGUUCUUUUUCUUCUUCUGUCUCAUCAGGGAUUGAUCUGCGGGUUAAAAGGUUAAUUCUUUAGAUCCGGUGUUGAGUGCAAUCUGGUAGGAACGUUUUUGGCAUUUGUGUGUUUUGGUUAAAGAAUUGGACGGUGAUUGUCGUCUUGCAAGAUAUUGAUUGUGGGAAAGGUUGAGGAUAUAUUAUACAUCAUGAGAACUUCUUGGGCAGAUGUUGUUGAUAAUGCAGCAUCGGGAUCUGAAAAUUAUGGGAAUGCUGCUUCAGGAGCUCCUGUUAAGCCCGCCUAUGUUCCUCCACAUCUUCGUAAUAGACCACCUGCAUCUGAGCAGGCGGCUGGCCCUGCUAUGUCGCAUAGUAGCCUACCAUCUACAAAUGAUAGGUUAGGACCUAAUGGACAAACAAGUGGAUCACGAUGGGCUGCUCCUAGGUCAGAUUAUAGCAGGCCAGGAUACAGUACUGGCGGUCGAAGUGGUGGUAGAGGUGGUUGGGGAAACAGAGGUGGUAGAGAAUGGGAGGCCAACCCAUUUGGUAAUGAUGAUAUAGAUGCUGUUGAGGAGAUUAAGUCUGAGCAAGAAAGUAAUGGUAUUAAUUUUGAUGCUUAUGAGGAUAUUCCGGUUGAAACCACCGGGGAGAACGUGCCACCUCCAGUUGAUACAUUUGCGGAUAUAGACUUAGGGGAUGCUCUUAAUCUGAACAUUAGGAGGUGCAAGUAUGUUAAGCCAACUCCGGUUCAACGCUAUACAAUUCCCAUUUCUUUAGCAGGUCGAGAUUUGAUGGCUUGCGCUCAGACAGGUUCAGGAAAGACAGCCGCAUUUUGCUUCCCUAUAAUUAGUGGGAUUAUGAGAGCCCAAUCUGUGCAAAAACCACGUGGUACCAGGACCGUCUUCCCCCUUGCUCUUAUUCUAUCUCCUACAAGGGAGCUUUCAUGUCAGAUACACACCGAAGCUCAAAAGUUUGCAUAUCAGACAGGUGUAAAGGUGGUGGUGGUUUAUGGAGGAGCGCCGAUUAGUCAACAGCUACGAGAGCUCGAAAGAGGAGUUGAUAUUCUUGUGGCAACUCCAGGAAGAUUAGUCGAUAUGCUGGAAAGGGCAAAAGUUUCAUUGCAAAUGAUAAGAUAUUUGGCACUUGAUGAAGCCGAUCGGAUGCUGGAUAUGGGAUUCGAGCCUCAAAUCAGAAAAAUUGUGGAGGAAACAGACAUGCCUCCACAAGGUGGAAGACAAACAAUGCUUUUCAGUGCCACAUUCCCUACAGAAAUCCAGAGACUGGCAUCUGAUUUUCUUUCAAAUUAUAUAUUUCUAACUGUCGGACGUGUUGGUUCGAGUACGGAUUUGAUUCUCCAAAGGGUGGAGUUGGUUCAAGAGGUUGACAAGAGAAGCCAUCUUAUGGACCUUCUUCAUGCUCAGAAGGAUACGGGACCCAAUGGAAAGCAACCUCUUACUUUAGUAUUUGUCGAGACAAAGAAGGGAGCCGAUUCACUUGAAUAUUGGCUGUAUAGUAAUGGGUUUCCUGCUACAACGAUUCAUGGUGACAGAUCACAACCGGAAAGGGAGCAAGCAUUGAGAUCGUUCAAGAGCGGAAACACACCGAUACUAGUUGCGACGGAUGUGGCGGCUCGUGGGCUCGAUAUCCCUCAUGUUUCUCAUGUGGUCAACUUUGACCUUCCUAACGACAUUGACGACUAUGUGCACCGGAUAGGACGGACAGGCCGAGCUGGGAAAUCGGGUUUGGCUACAGCUUUUUUCAAUGAGAAUAACAUGUCACUAGCGAAAGGACUAGCUGCUUUGAUUCAAGAAGCUAAUCAAGAAGUACCUGCAUGGCUUACUCGAUAUGCCAAUCGGCCGUCCUAUGGUGGUAAGAAUAGGCGGUCAGGAGGACGGUUUGGUGGUCGUGACUUUAGAAAGGAAGGCUCCUAUAAUAGGGGCGGUGGUAGCAGUGGUGGCGGUUACGGUGGUGGCGGUUACGGUGGUGGCAGUUAUGGUGGUGGUGGAUACGGUGGUGGCGGUUAUGGUGGUGGUGGUGGCGGUGGCGGAUACAGUGGUGGUGUUGGCGGUUACGGUGGGGGUGGCGCAGGUGCACCCAGUGCUUGGGAUUAGCUUUGUUGAGUACAAAUAAAUGUACUGAUUCAUAUCCCAUCAGUAUGUUUAUCAUUUUUCGGAUUGAAAUGUGUUGAAAUUUGGUUUAUUUUUUGAUGGCAAUAUGUGGGGAGCUUUUCUUGAAUUGUACUUUUAACUUCUAACAUAUUAGAAUUAAAAUUUUAAUAUAUUGC